AUGACGACUUCCAAUUCGUAUAAGUGGUCGCCCGAAGUGUUCCUCGAAUGCUAUAAUGCCAUCAAAUUCGAGGACCAUGUUCCUAUACAGCUAAUUGGUUCAUUACAACAUGAUUUAAAACAAAUAUUGAUAAUACCUAGUAAAAGUGAAACAUCCAGGAAUAAAUUAGCUUUGGGCCAAGGUGAAUCAGACAAGAUGGUGAAACUUCAAGAAGGAGAGCUCAAAUUGAAUAAACCAUUUAUUGAAAACUCUAUAUUAUUUUCAAAUCAAUUAAACUUAGAUGAAUUACAUUCUUGUGAAUUAUUAUCGAAUGCUUCUGAAAUUAGCUUUAAUAAAGGUACUGACUUUUUAGAUAGUGGGAGGUUGGCAUUCUGUCAAAGAUAUGAUUAUAUCUUAAACAUCUUGGGAUAUUUGAUUACCUCUAGCCAAUUAAACUUAUUAACGCAAGACCCAAAUAUUAUUUUCAAAAAUGUAUUAUCAAGUUUUGAAAAAAUUUAUGAAAUACUAGAAUUGAUUAAUAACUCUAUAGUUAAACAAAAAGUGACUAGUAAUAUCAAUGAUUUAACAUUCAUCAAUUCCAUAAAUUAUUUGAAAAAUCAAUUAUGGAAUAACCAUGAGUUAUUAGGCUCAAUAUUAUUCGGUCUAUUUGAUAAUUAUUUUGAUAAAUUGAAUUCUGUCGAUUGUUUUAAUAAACUCACAAGCCAUAUAAGUAAAAAUUUAUCCGAUGAUGACUUAUUGAAUGCUCAUUACUUACCUUCCCUUUUCAAAAUAAUUCAUAACAUUACUCAUUUAUCCGAUAAUGAAGUUGACGGUUUUUAUAAGAAUAUCAUUAACAAAUUAUCAACCGAUUACUCAAAAGUUAAAAUGGAUGAUGAAAUAGAUUUAUCAAAGUCUUCCUUGAAAAGUUUCGAAAUUGUUCUCUAUUUAACUUUUUUCAUAAAAUUCAUUUCUUGGUGUAAAGAACUGGAUCAAAGACUAACUAAAUAUGAUUUUAAAGAUGAUAUCCUAAAAUACGUCGAUUGGACUGUUAACUACGGUGUGAUGGAAAAAAUUUUAUGUAUCACCGCCGAUACAGCUUCUAAAUCAACUUCUAACUUAUUGGAAUUGCGCAAUUUAUACGAUUUUAGAUCUCUUUUACAAAAAACUUUUCCAAGGUUAUCUCCAUUAAAAUUUAUUUAUCCAGAUACUCAAGAAUUGAUUAAUGCAUCCAAGUUGAAACCAGGUUUGGAAAAUAUUCCCCUUCUUGUUUCAACUUCAAAAUUUAAAAUCUCCCCAAGCUUUAGUGAUUCCUUAAUUGCCCCAUUUUUCCAUGAUUUUUUCGCUAGCUUCAUUAAUAAUGCUGCAGUAGUUCUAACUUCUUUGAGAAAUAGUGAAGAAGAUUUCUUAUUAUCCUCAAUAAACCGCAAACAAUUAGAAGCCGAAGAAAACAAUAAAGCAGAUGACCCCUUCAAUGAAGAUAGUAUUGAUGACUACGACAACUUUACCAACAAUCUUGAAAAGUUGUCCUCCAAAUCAAAUUCUAAAAGCUCAAAUGAUUCUCUUGAUUUGGAUGAAAUAUCAAUCAGAUCUGAUCUAGAAAGGUUUUAUUUGGCUUUUGUCUAUACUUAUAGUAAUAGACCUGAAUUAUGCUCGACUUUUUGGGAAGAUGAAGAUAUUAGUAAUGAAAUCAUUGGUUUUAUCACCUGGGGUUUAGGUAAUAAUACGUCUCCUUUAAUCACUGCAACAUUUUGUUUAUUAAUUGCUUCAUUAACUAGUGGUGGUUCAGAUAUAAGUGCAAAAAUUUGGGAAAUUUUGGUUCAUAACUGUUCAAAUUCAUCAAAGAAAAAAAAUGAUUACUCAAAAAUUUCAAUUGAUUCAAUCAUUGAUUCAUUAAAUUAUUAUGUCAACUCAUUAAUUGAAAAUUUUGAAAUUGAUUUGAUUAAUCAAUUAAAACAAAAUCAAAAGAGGCAAGACUUUUUAUUCUCCUCUAGCUUAAAUGGUGAUACAAAACAAUCAAACCAAGAAAGAAUAAUAAUCGAGCUAGCUGAAGAUUCCAUUGUUUUCAUAUCAGGUUUCAUUCAGCUCAUUUCAUCAAUUGUCAAAAACUUAUCCAAUGAAGAUCCUAGAUCCAAAGAAAUCAAAAAUAUUGCAUUCGCCAGGUUCUCUCCUCUCAUAAAUAGCUUCUUGAAAUUUGAUAAUUUAAUUACCUCAAGUAAAAAUGUUCAAAUCAGUCAGUCCUCAAAUUCAUUGAAAAUAGAAUCUCCUAACAUUAUUAUAGAUGAAACGAAUAGAGCUGUUCUAAUCAAUUUAUUAUUAACCUUUUUAAGUGAUUUCGUUGAAAAUGACGAUAAUUUAAAUCUUCGUUUCAAAAUUUGGGAAACCAUUGAUCGUUGGUUCUGUCAAAGAAAACUUGAUUUUAUGUCGGAGGAUAAAUCAUCAUCAUCCUCUUACUUCAAAUUGAAGUAUCAAAAUCGUAAAAUUAAAAUCAAUCAAGGUCUUCAAAUAAAUUUAAGCCAACUUUCUAACGUUGGUAAUUUUGUCAAUUUAUUACAUAAUUUAUUAGCUCCAUUGAAAAAUGAGCACAUUGCUUUCAAAACAUAUCAAUUACUUUACCCAGCUGAUUUAGGUUACGGCUAUAGAAUCAAUAACCAAAUAGGUAUUUGGCCAUAUAUUGAAUAUUUAUUACUUGAAUUAUUCGCAAAAUCCACUGACUUGAGAGAUGAUUUUGAAAGUAAAUAUUAUUUACAAUCAACAAUAUUAAGAAUCAUCAAAAAUUCUUGUGAAGAAAUAGAUUGGAAAUUUUUAAAUGACGUUGCUCCGAAAGUUUUACCAAACUUGAGUUUGAAUAAUUUAUUUGACAUCGAUUAUCAGUUAUUCAUCAAAUUACAUCACUCAAUUGCAAUUCUAAAUUAUUUAUUUGAUGAAAAAGCUUACAAUGCUUUAUUUGGAAUUUUAAGUAUUGGAAGUGAAUGCAUAAAUGAAUCAGAGGAUUUAGCAAACUUAGUUCAAGACGGUCUUGUAAUUGUUGAUAAAAUACUUACUGUGCAAGACACUUUUAUCAAUAGAUUAUUACCAUUAUUGAAAACCCAAAGCACACCAAGCUUUGGUACGGCAACCAAUAUGAGCUUAGUACUCAGCAGCAGCAAGAAUAUUUAUGACAAUAUUUAUUUCCAUAGAACAUUAGGUACAAAUGGAGUUGUUGACUUUUACGAAAUUUUGUUAUUUAACUUAUCUAGCAUAGCUCAUUUUGCUAAUUAUGUUGGGAACUAUAAUGAAUCGAUUGCUCAUUUAUCAGUCAAGUUAUUGAGAAAUAUUAGCAAAUCCACCUUUUUCAAUGCAAAAAUCAAUAAUGUUGCUGAUCCUUUAUUGUCAAAGAAUAGAUUAGUAACAAUUUUUGAAACCAUUGAUGAGUCUGUCAAAAUCAAGUAUUCUUUUAUUGAACAAAUGAGUUUCCAAGGUAAUUUGAAAAUUAAGUAUGACAUUUUGAAAUUAUUGAACGAAAACUUGUUAGAUCAUAAUAAUGAUGCCAGUAUUUCGCACUUCUUAUUGGGAUACACCAUUAAAGGCAAUCAAUUAUUAUUAGAAUAUGAUGACGAAAAUUCGCUUUUGAAAUGUAUUUUGAAUUUAUUGAUAUAUAGUUUGGACUCGAUUAGUGAAAUUGAUUAUAACAAUGGUUACAAACAUAUCAUUGAUGAAGGACCAGCCAAACUUAUCUCCUUAAUCUUGGAAGUUUUGAUCAACUUAUGCCGUAACCUGAACCUGUCAUAUACUACUUUGGAAUAUUUGAGGAAUGGUAAUUUUGAUUUGUUCAAUAGGUUGAUCUUAAGUCAACCAAAAAUCGAUAGUCAAACCAUUUGGAGCCAGAGCUCCUUUAAUGGUGACUUAAAUGAUGAAAACAAUGAAUUUUUAAAAGACGGUUUAAAUCAAGAAUCUUUUUUCCUGUUUAUGAAUCACAGAAUUUUGAUUUUACAAUACUUAUCAUUAGAAUUACAUAAUGUUAAAUCAUUAACUCAGAAAAAUGAUUAUAUCAAAUUGCUUCUCAAUGGCGAUGAAUUUUUGAAUGGAUCUCCUAAAAUUGUCAAUUUCUUAGAUAUCUUGAAUUAUCAAUUUUAUAAUUUUGAUAAUUUCAGAUUAACUGAAAUUGCUAAAAAAUAUGAUUUAGAAUUAGUUCUUAAAGAGUUCGAGAAUGACGAUAGAGAUGAGAGAAUCUUGAGUAAAAUUUAUAGAACAUUGUGCUGUCAAGCAAACAAGAGUGUGAAUAAGCUUGACUUUAUUGAAAGUAUAACUCAAGAAUCGUCAAUCAUUGAGAACGGUUUGAACAAAUUUAUUCAUGUUAGCAAGUUAUCAUCAAUUCAGUUGAGAUGUUUACAUUCAUGGGUUCAGGUAAUUCAAGUACUAGUGAACGGAGAUUUGAUCAAUAAUAAGUGUGACUUUAUUUUAGAAAUAUUGCAACAUAUAUUGCCUAAGAUCAAUAACUAUUUUGGUAAUGAAUCACAGAUAGAAUUUGCAGAAGAGUUAAUUUCAUUAUGUGUUUUAUUAUUUGAUGUUUACGAAGGUGAGAACUUCAACGAAAAACAUGGGUUAUAUUUAACAAAAUUAAUACCAUUAUUUCAAACUUGUAUCAAUGGUAUUCUUUCACUGAAUGCUAGUUCAACAUUGAGGCUGGAUUUAUAUGUUUUACUGAAUAAGUUCUUACAAAAGAGUUUUGGUAACGAAGGAUUAAUUAAUAAAGUUAAUCAAAUCUUGAAACUGAUUGACUUCAAAUUAAUUGACACGGUUUGUAAUGAUCUGAUCAAUUCUGAAGGUAGUCCAAGAAUAACCUCAAUUAUUCUCUUAGAAUCCAUGGUUCAUUUAUCUUCAAACUAUAUACUAGAUAAGAUCAUCAAAAAUAAUGCUUUACUGUUGUUAGUAAGAUCAGUUAAAAGAACUGAUGAAAUGUUAAAAGUUUGUCAAGAAAAUGAAUCAGGAAUCAGCUCCACCACUUUAUUAUAUGAAUUGACUGCUUUCAAGGCCACUCUUUAUUUAUUGAUAAGAAUUGCCCAAACUAGACAAGGUGCUUCACAAUUAAUUCAAAAUGAAAUAUUCCCUACAUUAAGAAAUCUAAAAUUUGUUGGUAUUGAUCCAGACUUAGGAUUACUGAUUAGAUUAAAUAAUGAUCCUGAAAAUACUGUUGUCACCUUAACUUUGGAUAUUCCAAUAAAUUUAGCAGACGAGACUGAUUCGCAAAACCAAGAUAUUUCAUACUACGAAUUUUUAGUACCUGUAUUCCAGUUAGUUGCUGCAGUCGUAUUAUCGAUGGGACCUCAAUAUAAACCAUCAAUGGUCCAAGUUAAAGAAAUGAUGAAACAAUUUGACCGAUUGAUAGUCGGGGUUAUCAAAAGAGAUGUUUUAAUUGAGAAGAAGGAAUUGAGUGGUGAAUACUACCAAAACAAUCUGAUUUCACUGGACGGUCUUAAAGAGUUAAUCAAAUUAUUCACAUUAUUAGACUCAUUAAUCCAAUAA